CCAAUGCCAAUUAAUUCAGCCCUGUUGCCAUCAUCCAUACAUCUACAUACCUACAUAAUACCUGUAGACUUUUUUCACAGUCACGCCAAUACCUACCAACUAUCACCAGCCCUUUCCACGAUAACUCACCCCAAACAACGAGUAAACCCGCUCUAAUAUAAUUAAUUUAACACUUUCCAAUUUGAACAUCGCAAAUGGCGGCCGAGCAAAGAAAGCUGCUUGAGCAGCUCAUGGGCGGGCCACAAACGUCGCGCUCAUCCCAAGUCUCCCUCACCGACCCCAAAGUCUGCCGGUCCUACAUCGUCGGCACCUGUCCGCACGACCUAUUCACCAACACGAAACAAGAUCUCGGCCCGUGUCCCAAGAUCCACGCCGAGUCGCUGAAGACCGAGUACGAAGGCCUGCCCGAGCCCGCGCGCCAGAAGUACGGCUUUGAGAUCGAUUACGCUCGCGACCUGCAGAAGUACAUCGAAGAGUGCAACCGCCGUAUCGAUGCCGCCCAGCGCCGCCUCGAGAAGACCCCCGACGAGAUCCGCCAGACCAACGUCCUGCUCAAAUCCAUCUCAGACCUGAGCUCCACCAUCAACUGCGGCCUGCAGGAGGUGCAGAUCCUCGGCGAUCUAGGCGAGGUCAGCCGCGCGUACGAGGAGUUCUUCAAAGUGCGCCAGGCGGCGCAAGCCAAGAUGGAGCGCGAGCGCGAGCUCAAGACACUGGCCGAUACUAGCGGUCCGUCAGGUCACCAGAAACUCCAGGUCUGUGACGUGUGCGGCGCGUACCUCUCGAGAUUAGAUAACGAUCGUCGGUUGGCAGACCAUUUCUACGGCAAGAUGCAUCUGGGUUAUGCGCAGAUGCGGAAGACGUACGACUCCCUGCCUAAAGAUAUCAGGGGACGUCCGCGUCCUUCGCUCCAAGACGACGGUCCCAUGCGGGACGAGGGCUACGGUGAUGGUGGGUGGAAAGGAGGGCCUAGAGGGCCUAGACGUGGCGGAUAUGGAGGUAGGAGUGGCCGUGGUUUCCGAAGCGGAUGGUAACGCGACGGCGACAUCAAAGCAUGGGAAGGAGUUAUUGGCGUACAGGCUUCAGUGGUCAGAUUUAGACAUGAUAUCACUAUGGACAGGCGCACAUAAAAUACUUCGAUU